AUGGCUCUACUGAGCGAUAUUCUAAUCUUCUGUCGCUACUGCGCCAUCGUUCUUCUCGACUGGUUACUUCGUGUCGUCCUGGGGCGUCGCUUUACGCCGCUCACAGAGGACAGCCUGCUCCAAGAUCUGUCUCUUAACGACCGGCGUCUACUGCUGUCGGACAGUCUUACUGGGCGCUGGUGGUACCAGGGGUGCAUUCAACUGUUGAAAUGCUACCGUGAAGAUGACACCUGCUCGGUGGCUGGGAGGCUGGGAAUAGAAAGGAGAUUGAAGGAGGUAAUGAAGAAUAGACUUGCUAUAUCAAGACGACUACCGACUGUGGAUUUGACCAAGGCCAAGAGUCCUCAUGCAUGUCACCCUUUGUUCGACAAUAUGGGGAUAUUUAAGUUUUACCAGGGGAUUAGCGGUAACACUGGUCCAUAUAGAGACUGGGUGCGCGCUGGAACCAAGGAAGAGAUGUUGGAAGCCUAUCGUUUUCAUCGUUUGCAACUUCAGCUUAUUCUUUUAGCAAGAGACUCAGCAGACCAUGAGCAACAAGUCAUUCUGAAAGAUUCCAUUCACGGGGUGUACCUGGACGCAAUUCUGGCGGUGUAUCCGGACGCAAUGUUUAUCCACACCUACCGCAAUCCAUGCAAAUCGCUCGCCUCCGUGUGCUCAGUGGUGCAACACUUCACCUUUUGUGCCUACGACCCCAAAGAUAUAGGAAGAGACGCCCUAGACAAUCCCGUAUUUCACGCGGGGAACGAAAUCCUAGAAUUCAGAAAGAACCACCCUGAUCAAGAACACAGAUUCGUCGAUAUAGACUACGAACAUCUUGUGAGAGCGCCCAUAGAUACAGUGAGAACGAUUUAUAAUAAGUUUGGGCUCGAUCUCAGCGAGCAAGCUGAAGCGAAGAUGAAGGAGUACUUAAAAGAAAAUCCCCAAAAUAAAUAUGGUCGUCACCAUUACGACUUGGAGCCGUACGGGUUGAAUGAGGAGGAAAUAUUUGAGAAAUUUCGAGAUUAUAUUGAAUAUUUUAACAUUCAGUGCUAA